AUGCUUAUUAAAACCAACAAAAUUCGCAACUUUUCCAUUAUUGCUCAUAUUGACCACGGAAAAUCUACUUUGGCUGACCGUUUAUUAGAACUAACAAAUUUAAAAAACAGUAAUAAAUCUUUGGACAGAGUGCUCGAUAGUCUUUCCCUGGAACAAGAAAAAGGUAUUACUAUUAAACUAAAUGCUGUUCAAUUGUAUUAUCCGCCGGAAAGCCCUGAACCUUAUAUUUUUAACUUAAUUGAUACCCCGGGUCAUGUCGAUUUUAUGUAUGAAGUAUCCCGUUCUUUGGCUGCUUGCGAAGGAGUAAUAUUGUUGGUUGACGCCGUGAAAGGCAUUCAAGCUCAAACCCUGGCUUAUUAUGAAAUUGCUAAAAAGCUUAAUUUAAAAAUUUUACCGGUAAUUAACAAAAUUGACCUACCGCACGCCCAAUUAGAAGCUACUAAAAACCAACUUAUUGAACUGCUGAACUGCCAAGAAAGUGAGAUUUGUUUAAUUUCGGCCAAAACUGGGAAAAAUGUCGAUUUAUUGUUGGAAAAAAUAAUUAGUGAUAUUCCAUCCCCCCAGCAAAAAUAA